AUGGGAAUGUCAAAAAUAUUUUUAUUUUUUCAUUUAAUAUUAUUCAUCAAUUUAUUAAAAAAAUGCUUGUCAUCUGAAAGAAAAGGUCUUCGUCAUUCAAUGAAAGUAUUAAGUAGUCCUGAAAAUUUAGGGGAUACUUUGUCUAACACAAGUCAAGAAGAAUUAAGUGAUAAUUGUAAUUCAGAACAAGAUAAAAACUUAGAAAGUAAUAAUAAAUGUAUCAGAAGUGAACCUUCAUGUUUACAGGAUAAUAUGAGCGAAUUAAUGGAUAAAAGCGAUGAUUCUAAAGAGGAUUUUGAAGAAUUAAAUUCCAAUGAAGAUUCUAAAUCUUAUGAUGCAAUGUGCCUCGAAGAUUUUUGUUACUCUUCAUGUGAAAGUCUUAAUGAAUUAAUUGAUGAAAAUAAUAAAUCUCAGAGAUGUUAUAGAAAAAAAUUAGAAAUAUCUGAAAAAUCAUAUAAUAAUGAUUCUUCCACUUCAUCAAAUAAAGAAUAUCCUUCAUGGGAUCCACUUCAAUCAUUACUUGAGGAAAUGGGUUAUUCUCAUGAUGAAGAAAAAACAAAGGUAAAAAUCAAAGAAUCAGAAAAUGAUGAUGCUUCAUAUUGCUCAUUUCUUGAUGAAAGUGAUAAUUUAGAAAAUAAACAUGAGAAUACGCAUACUUUAUCAAAUCCUCUCAAAAGUAUAUCAGAUAAUGCUAGGAAACUCCUUAGUAAAAAUGUUAGUUGUGAUUCUGAUUCUUCAAGUUAUUCAGACCCUAAUAAAAUAUCUUCAGAGAAUGUGAAAGAAAUGGGUGAAUUAAGUGAUGCUUUUGGAAAUUUUAAUCCUUUGUGUGAUUAUACCUCAUUUCUUAAGAGUCAUGGUUUAAGUGAUUCUACUUUAAAAGAACCCAAGGGGGAUCCAGAGCCUUUCUCUCUUGACUGUAAUUAUUUUAGGAUUGUUGAUUCCAAUAAUUUUAAGUUUUUUAUAUUAAAAAAUUUAUAUGAGAAUUUUAAAAUUUUAGAUAUAAAAGAUAAAAUAAAAUUAUUAAUCAAUAUAAUAGAUAUAUAUAAUUUUAUUAAAAAACUAGCAAGAAUAAAUUUUGUAUGCCUCACAUACAAGGAGGAAGAAGAGGCAGCUGUAGAUGGUGCUUUUUUAUUAGAUCUAGUACUUAAGAAGGAAAUGGAAUGA